AUGUCCGAGUCCCAGCCAUAUGUCCCGCUGGAGCCCUUCACCAACCUCACCAUUGCCACGGGUGGUGACUCUCUCCAGUAUGACCUGAAUGUCUUCUACAAUGCCGGCGACAUGGCCUUUGUCAUCAUCUGCACUGCUCUCGUGCUGCUCAUGAUUCCCGGCGUCGGCUUCUUCUACUCUGGUCUGGCGCGAAGAAAGUCGGCUCUGUCGCUGCUAUGGCUGUCCGUCAUGGCCACCGCCGUCACCUCCUUCCAAUGGUUCUUCUGGGGCUACUCCCUGGCCUUUUCUCACAAGGCCGGCAAGUUCAUCGGUGCCUUGGACAACAUUGGCUUCAGAAACGUCUUGGCUUACCCGUCCGUUGGAAGCCCAAAGGUGCCUGAUCUGCUCUACGCCGUCUAUCAGGGCAUGUUUGCUGCCAUCACUGUCGCCCUGGCCGUCGGUGCCGUUGCCGAGCGUGGUCGCAUGCUGCCCUGCGUCAUCUUCAUGUUCGUCUGGUCCACCGUCAUCUACGAUCCCAUUGCCUGCUGGACCUGGAACUCGUCCGGCUGGUCUUUUGUCAUGGGUGGUCUCGACUUUGCCGGUGGCACACCCGUCCACAUCACCUCUGGUUGCGCCGCCCUGGCCUACUCGUACAUGCUUGGCAAGCGACGUGGUCACGGCACUCAAGAGCUCAACUACCGCCCGCACAACGUCACCCACAUUGUCAUUGGCACCGUCUUCCUCUGGGUCGGCUGGUUUGGCUUCAACGCCGGUUCUGCGCUCGCUGCGAACCUGCGUGCCGUCAUGGCCGCCGUUGUGACCAACCUGGCUGCCUGCGUGGGUGGUGUGACGUGGUGUCUGGUCGACUACCGUCUCGAGCGCAAGUGGUCCACCGUUGGCUUCUGCUCCGGUGUCAUUGCCGGUCUGGUCUGCAUCACUCCCGGCUCUGGCUACGUUCCGGCAUGGGCUGCCGUCAUCUACGGCGUGUGCGGUGGCGUCUUUUGCAACUACGCCACCAAGCUCAAGUACUUUCUCCGCUGUGACGACGCGCUCGACAUUUUUGCCGUCCAUGGCGUCGGUGGCUUUGUCGGAAACAUCCUGACCGCAUUCUUCGCCGCCGACUACAUAGCCCAUCUUGAUGGCUUCUCCACCAUUCCGGGAGGCUGGCUGAACCAGCACUGGGUCCAGCUUGGCUACCAGCUCGCCGACUCGGUUGCCGGCGCUUCCUACUCCUUCUUUGGCACUUGCCUCAUUCUCGGUGCCAUUGACGGCAUUGGCAAGUUCUUCCCCAUCUUCAAGCUCCGUGCCAGCGAGGAGGAGGAGAUUCUAGGCAUCGACGACGUCGAGAUUGGUGAAUUCGCGUACGACUACGUCGAGCUCACCCGCGAAGUCAAGAGCCCAGACGACUCGGACGACAACAUGAGCCGCAACAGCAUCAGCAGCUUUCCGGACCACGCCCAGGCGCCCGAAAAGGGCCACCGACCGCACGACUCGGUCGGGAGCAGCCAACAAUGA